AUGCCGUUGCUGUUCCUGGAGCGCUUCCCCUGGCCCAGCCUGCGCACGUACGCGGCGCUCAGCGGCCUGGCCCUGCUGGCCGCCGUCCUCGGCGCCCGGCGCGCCCUCGUCGCGGCCGGCGAGCAGCGUGCGGGCGGGCCGCGGGCCCUGGACGUCGCCUACUACCUGCUGUCCGACGGCCUCUGCGUCUGGGUGCUGGUGAACACGGCCUGCUGUGUCCUGAUGCUGGUCGCGAAGCUGAUCCAGCGCGUGGUGUUCGGCCCGCUGCGCGUCAGCGAGAGGCAGCAUCUCAAGGAUAAGUUCUGGAAUUUCAUCUUCUACAAGUUCAUCUUCAUUUUUGGUGUGCUCAAUGUUCAGACAGUGGAAGAAGUGGUCAUGUGGUGCCUCUGGUUCUCUGGGCUUGUGUUUCUUCAUCUCAUGGUCCAGCUCUGCAAGGAUCGCUUUGAAUACCUGUCCUUCUCUCCGACAACACCCAUGAGCAGCCACGUCAGAGUGCUGACCCUGCUUGUGGCCAUGCUGCUGUCCUGCUGCGGGCUGGCAGUCGUCUGUGGUGUUAUUGGCUACACCCAUGGGAUGCACACCUUGGCUUUCAUGGCAGCAGAGUCUCUGCUGGUGACAGUCAGAACUGCUCAUGUGAUUUUGCGAUAUGUAAUUCAUCUCUGGGAUCUCAACCAUGAAGGGACGUGGGAAGGUAAAGGCACAUAUGUGUACUACACGGAUUUUGUCAUGGAGCUGACCUUGCUUUCGCUGGACUUGAUGCAUCACAUCCAUAUGCUGCUGUUUGGCAAUAUCUGGCUGUCGAUGGCAAGCCUGGUGAUCUUCAUGCAGCUGCGCUACCUGUUCCAUGAGGUGCAGCGAAGGAUUCGGCGGCACAAGAACUACCUGCGUGUGGUUGGAAACAUGGAGGCCCGGUUUGCGGUUGCGACACCUGAGGAGCUGGCAGUCAAUAACGACGACUGUGCCAUCUGCUGGGACUCCAUGCAGUCUGCGAGGAAGCUCCCGUGCGGCCACCUCUUCCACAACUCUUGCCUGCGGUCCUGGCUGGAACAAGACACAUCUUGCCCGACGUGCAGAAUGUCUCUUAAUAUCACUGACAGCCAUCAUGUGAGGGAGGAUCACCAGAGGGAGAAUCUGGAUGAGAACCUGGUCCCCGUGGCAGUAGCAGAAGGCAGACCGCGCUUGAACCAGCACAAUCACUUCUUCCACUUUGAUGGCUCUCGAAUUGCCAGCUGGCUGCCCAGUUUUUCAGUAGAAGUGAUGCAUACUACCAAUAUCCUUGGUAUCACACAAGCCAGCAACUCCCAGCUCAACGCUAUGGCCCACCAGAUUCAGGAGAUGUUCCCUCAGGUUCCCUACCACGUAGUUCUGCAGGACCUGCAGCUGACCCGUUCUGUAGAGAUAACCACCGACAACAUCUUGGAAGGGCGCAUCCAGGUGCCUUUCCCCACACAGCGUGCAGAGGCUGUUAGACCUGCUGCUAACAGUUCUGUGGAGCGGCACGGCGCUGAGCAGGAGGAUGCUGGGACAGUCACCCAGACCAAAAGAGUGCCACUUGAACUCAACUCAAGACUGGAAGAAAUGGGAGAACUGAGCGAAGUGGAGGCAGAACCCAGUGAAGCAGAAGAUUUUGAAGCCAGGGGAAGUCGCUUUUCCAAGUCAGCUGAUGAGAGGCAGCGCAUGUUGGUGCAGCGGAAGGAGGACUUGUUGCAGCAAGCUCGAAAGCGUUACUUGAACAAAACCUCAGAUGAAGAGCUGAGCACGGAGAAGCCCUCAGUGAGUGAGGGAGCCUCUGCUGACCCGGUCACACUGCGCCGCAGGACGCUGGCAGCCGCCGCCGAGCGGAGACUGCAGAUGCAACAGAACUCAUAGCGCUCACUGCUUCUCCUUCCUCCUCCUCGUGAGCAAUGUUGAAUAAAAGAAAUGAAAUACAAAAAAAACCCUGCGCUUUCUAUACCAGCAGGAAAGUGUCACUUCAGAGUUCAGCCAGCUGUGCUGCCGAGUGAGCUGGCUGCCACUCUGCUGUAUAAAGCAUGUGGUCUAAUCAUGUUUGGACAGCUGACAAAUUAACCUUUUUUGAAAUAUUUUCUAUGUGACGUUGAUCCCCUCCACAGACGAAGGCAAUUUGUAAACCACUGAUGUGAUUUCUGUGGCUUGCACGAGAGGCGUUAGCCUGACUGCGCAGCAGAAGCUGAGGGAGAUGAGUUUGAGUUGAGCAGCCCUGGGUGCAGGUCGGAGGGUGCUGCCAUGGUCAUCCUGAGGCCAGGGAGAGUGGCUGCAAGAGGGAAGGAAGCGCAGGGAUUGGCAACAAACCCUGCGUUAGGUGAGCAGCCGCUCUCAGCUCACCUCCAGAGCAAAGGCAGGAGCUGUGUCAGCUGGCUGCAGUGCUGCUGUGGUACUGCUGGAAAGUCCGUUUGCAGGCAGAUGGAAGCCGUCUGGCAACAUAACAUGGGAAAAAAUGGCACUGUUAAUUGUGCAGUGAUUCCAGCACACAGCACUUUGUUCACCAUCGCUGGGCUCUUGGCACUGGCAGGCCUGUAGUUCUGCUUGCUCCCCAGAGCUGUGCUGUUUUCCUUUUAGAGCCAGCAAGAAGUGAGAAGUGGAGUGGAGUGGGGAAGAGCACAGGGAAGGCUGCAGCCCCCAGAAUUGAGUGUUACCAAAAGCUGAUGGAAUCCCAUUGAGGAGCCCACCUGUUUUGGACUGCAGAGCAACACGGACUUCAAGGCUGGAGGCUGGAGAUAGCUCUGGUAUCACGCUUUUAAUUUCGUUUUUAACCCCACAGCUCCACCAUGAGACAGAAGCACGGGGGCAGACGGCCCUUAGGCACCUUGCAGCCCCAUCUGCUCACCUGGGAUUUUUCUAUAGAAUUUCUGACCCCAUGCACACCCAGAACCAGCAAUGCUAGCUUGCAUAGUGGGAUUUUACACAGCUGCAACUUAACUGUUAAAUUCCUGAUGAGUGACUUCUUGUACCACUGCCCUUUAGAAGGAGCCCAGUAUUAUCUAGAAUCGUUGGUACCUUUUUUUACUGUUGGUUUUUAGGGAUGUUUAAAGGUGAAUUUAAUGAAAGGCGUUGCGUUGAUGUUUAGGUGAAAGUAAUUUAUUGCAGUGAAACUUUGGGAAGCCUUACCUUGCGAUGCUGUUAGUAAACUGCCAGGAAUUUUUUGUUUUAGAUGAUUGGUUUUGCUCAGAGCACAGCUGUUUGGUUUUAUUGUUUAAAAAAAAAAAAAAAAAAAGAAAGAAAUAAAAUCUUGAUCAGUGUUGGAAAGUGUUUGCAAA